GACGUUGGCUGGGUGGCGCCGGAGUGGGUCUACCAGGUGACGCUGAUGUCACCUUACAUUGCCUCAGCAACAUCGAUCGCGUGUCAGGUGGUCCUCAAUCUGACCUGCAGCACCAAGUUUCAGCGAGUUGAGGAGCAGCAUUGGGCCUAUGCCUGCAUCAUCGGCGUGUGCCUCGCCUUGUUCGUCUUGGAGGUUAUCCGAGGCGCUGUGACGACGGUGGUCGAGCUGCGCAAGUUCGAGAUUCGCCGGCGGCUGGUGGGCGGCGAUUUCCUCCAGAGCCGCAUUCGGAAGAACGACGUGGGCCUGAAGAUGCGGAAAGCCCCGGCGAAGAAGCCGGCGCUUCCUCUGGCGCCGCCCAGGAACCCACCAAAGAACGCUCCGCCGCCGCCACCGUCGGCAAAGCCUCCUGUGGCACGACCGGCGUUCCUUCCGAAGGAAUCGCCACCGGGGUCGGCCGGAGCCAAAGGAGCUUCCGGCAUCCCAACUUUCAGAACGGUCGGGGGCAAAGCCUUGCCGCUCGGCGGGCCGCCCCCGCCACCGCCGCUGCCGCCGGGCGUCAUGUCCAAGGGGCCCUCUGUGGCCCCCUCCGUGAGUGGCGCGUCGCCGGCGCCAUCCUCCAGAGGUAUCCCAUCUUCACGUGGGCCACCCCCGCCCCCCGGCGCCAUCCCGCGUGUCGGGGACCGGGGACCUGUCUGA